UGUCAGUAUUGCUCAGUUUUAAGCCCACAAGAAAUCUUAUCACCAUUCAUAAGAGAAGCAGGCAUGCAUGCUCAAGUUAUUGCUUAAGCAAUAGUUUGUGGAUAAAAUGUUUUGCAAUUCAAUCUGCUACCAAAAAGACAGGGCAGACUAAAUGAGAUAAAGAUAAAAUUAGAAGUGAUGGAAGGAUACUGGAUCUUAGACAUGCACACACCUUGUAAAUUUAGGGUAAGUUAAAUAGCUGCAGAGCUUAGUAAAAGAAAAAAGAAAAAAAAAAAUGUUAUUUCCAAAUGUUUCUGGGGAAUAUUGAAACAAGACUUCAUUUUUAGUUUGGACUCGUUCCAUGAUAUUGUGCUGUCCAAAAGUAGUUUUGUAUCUACUGACAAAACGCUUGCUCCUGCAGAUCACAGAAACAGAAAUUAUGUUAAUGGUCAGGAAGACAAUACAGUAUAGCCAGUUAAUGAAAGAGCUUGAUUUGUACAGAAAAUUAUGUGAAGCAGAUACACACAUACAUAGAAAGCAAGAUUAAUUUAGAGACCUUUGUCAUUAAAGCAGAUUUUUGUAUGGUUUUUGUGUGGGAUUUAAGGAGGAUUAAAUGUUUGACAUCACUUUGCCUGCACAGGCGAUGCUGAAGAGGUUACUGAGUGAGUGAUGGAGAAUUCAAAUAUGCGCCUAUGCUGAAAGAGUGGAAGCAAUGGAUCAGACUGCAACCUGGCCAAACAAAUUGCUCUACCUAGUGUAUUUCUAAAAGCAAGGUGCUUCUGGUUUGGCAGCAGAUCUGCAGGGAUGUAGAGCUGAAGGAAUAUUUAUGAUUUGCCAAGAUAAUGAGGAGAACUCGUUGAGGACAUCAGAACUGGGAUGCUUCUGUCUUCUGUCUUCAGUGAUGCCUUGCUUCAUGUGCAUCGUUUUUCUGCUAUGCUGUUUUUAAACAGUAAAAGCACUAAAAAUAAAAAGUCAGCAAGGUGGACUGGCUGAUGAGGUGCAUUUCUCUUUUGGAAGAGAUGGUCCUGGUCAUGAAACUUCUGCUCCUCACCUGCCUCUGGCCAACAGCAGUGCUACACAGUUCUCAAAGUCAGCAUCACCAUCUUCAUCAUCGGCAACAGUUCUCAUUCUUAAGAAAGCAUAACAGCAAACGAGAAAUUAAAAUGAGGAAAAUUGACAGCACAAAAGUACGGCCACUUAAAUCUGAGCAGCUGCUUCGCAUAGAGGAUCAUGACUUUGCACUGAGACCUGGAUUUGGAGUUCCAAAUAGCACUCCAAGCAGUUCAUUAGCACUUGAACAAGGAAGCUGUCACUGCUGUCCAAACUGCAAUGCUAGGUCACCAAUACCUGUGGGCAUUGAUGUGCAGGUAGAAAGCAUUGACAGCAUAUCUGAAGUUGACAUGGACUUCACAAUGACUUUAUAUCUCAGACAUUACUGGAAGGAUGAGAGACUUUCAUUUCAUAGUAACAAAAACAGAAGUAUGACUUUUGAUGGAAGACUGAUAAAAAAGAUCUGGGUACCUGAUGUAUUUUUUGUACACUCCAAAAGAUCUUUCAUCCAUGAUACAACUGUGGAAAAUGUCAUGCUCCGAGUAUACCCUGAUGGCAAUGUGCUCUUCAGUCUACGAAUAACAGUUUCUGCUAUGUGUUUCAUGGAUUUCAGUAGGUUUCCUCUGGACACUCAGAACUGCUCUUUAGAACUGGAAAGCUAUGCGUAUAAUGAAGAUGAUCUGAUGUUAUACUGGAAACAUGGAAACAAGUCUCUCAGCACAGAUGAGCACAUCUCCCUCUCCCAGUUUUUCAUUGAAGAAUUCAGUGCUUCCAGUGGACUGGCUUUUUACAGCAGUACUGGUUGGUACAAUCGACUUUUUAUAAACUUUGCACUUCGGAGACAUAUUUUCUUUUUUGUGCUACAAUCCUACUUCCCUGCCAUGCUGAUGGUGAUGCUGUCUUGGGUUUCAUUUUGGAUUGACAGAAGAGCCGUUCCUGCCAGGGUAUCACUAGGUAUAACUACAGUGCUGACAAUGUCAACCAUCAUGACAGGAGUUAGUGCCUCAAUGCCUCAAGUGUCUUACAUAAAGGCUGUGGAUGUGUAUUUAUGGAUCAGCUUCCUUUUUGUCUUCCUGUCUGUCAUCGAAUAUGCAGCAGUGAACUAUCUCACCACAAUUGAAGAGAGAAAGCAACUCAAAAAACGGGGCAAGGCUUCAGGAAUGUAUAGUAUUGAUGCAGUGCAAGCAAUGGCUUUCGAUGGCUGCUUUCACGACACGGACGUGGACAUGGACCUGACUGCUUUUUCAGACCGCUGUGAAGAGAAUGAGACUCGGGCACGUGCAGCCAGUGUCUCCAAUGUGGACACAACUCGCAUAAAGAGGAAGAGAUCUCUGAAGGGAAGCAUGGGCAGGAUUAUUUUACAGAACAAUCAUGUUAUUGACACAUAUUCGAGGAUUAUAUUUCCCAGUGUGUAUAUUGUGUUCAACUUUUUUUACUGGGGUUUGUACAUAUGAACAAAACCGAUUAUAAGCUAGACAUUAAUUUGUGGAUGAGGGUAGCAUGGUGCUUCAAAAACAAUACAACAGCAGUAGAGGAAAGGGUUAAAAGUUUCCGAAACUGACUUCUGCGACAUACCAAGGCUUAGUUAGUUAGCAGCAAAGCUGUUAAUGAAAAACUCUCAGGAGUCUGGUUUCUUUUUCAAUUGGGCUGUUGCAACGUUCCAUUGGAGCAAUCCAAUGCACAUGCUACUACUGCAUUAGUGUAGAAGCAGUUUGCGUACUAAGAGAGCCCGUUGUCACACACCUGAACAGACUGCAUCUCCCACUUGAGGUAUUAUCCAGCCUCUAUCUACCCUCUAACCAUUCCUCUUUAAUCAGCCUUUCUGUUUGUUCUCCACUUGUCCAUUUUAGUAGACAAUCAGCACCAAACGCCUUCAAAUAGCUCCUGUCCUCGUUUCACUUGCUGCAUUUUGAUUUUGCUAGGCAACCUGUAUGCACCUCAGCAGCCUUCAUCCUUGGAUGGA